GAAGAGAAGAAACUGUUGGACGCAGUGGAAGAGGGUCAGAAUGAGCUGCUGGAGCUGAAAAACCAGCUGCUCACCAAAAAAGACCAAGUGGCUUCGGCCAAAGCUGAGUUGCACCAGAAGUCUCAAGAGCUUCAAGACAUUAACAAAGAGUUGGUGAAACUUCAGCGGGAAGUGAUGUCUGCAGAGACUGCCUUGGAGCAGAAACGUAUGGUUAGACACAAUAUGCUACUGGCCUGCAAAAUUCAAGACCUGCCAAUCAUUCUGCUGUCAGGCAACCUGAAUGAAAUUAGUGAGGUGCAGCUGGGCACAGAUUCUGAAAGUACCUCAGCCACUCUGGACAUUUAUGAGAGAGAAGCACAGCUCGUCAUUGACUACUCGGAGCUGGAGGAAGAGCUGGAGAUAUUGGAGAAUGAGAAGGAGAGAAAGGCCUACAGUGAGAAGCUGAAGGAGUCAAUCUCCUCCCUGGAGGGAGUUCUUCAUCACACUGCUGCACCUAAUCUAAAAGCUCUGGAGAAAAUGAAGGAGGUGAGGGACAAGUUACAUGGACUGACUGCAGCUUUUGAUGCCAGCACUAGAGCAUCCAGAAAGUGUAACCAGGAGUUUGAGCAAGUCAAAUCUCGGCGUUUCAACCUGUUCAGUCAGUGUUUUGAGCAUGUGUCUAUUGUGAUUGAUCAAAUCUAUAAAAGAAUUUGCAGAAACAGCAGCGCUCAGGCCAUUCUCAGUGCUGAGAAUCCAGAUGAGCCAUAUUUAGGUGGCAUCAACUACAACUGUGUGGCUCCAGGGAAACGCUUCAUGUCCAUGGACAACCUGUCAGGUGGAGAAAAGGCUAUCGCUGCGCUUGCCUUCCUGUUUGCCAUCCACAGCUUCCGCCCCGCUCCAUUCUUCAUCUUGGAUGAGGUGGACGCAGCUCUGGACAACACUAAUAUUGGCAAGGUGACCAGUUUCAUCAGAGAGGAGUCCAAGCAGAACAUGCAGAUCAUCGUCAUCUCCCUGAAGGAGGAGUUUUUCUCCCAAGCUGACGCUCUGCUGGGAGUCUAUUCCGACUUGGACGAAUGUAUGUUCAGCCGCAUUCUGACCCUGGACCUGCGUCCUUUCUCGCUGUUUGAAGAGGACAACGGGACAGAAACUGAGGAGACCUGAGCAGACAGAGGACAGGGUGUCUGUGGCCCAGAAUCACCUGCUCAAGGCUGAAGUCUGUCUCCAGUUCUGAUGUGUUAAUUGGCAGUUCUUAGAGUUUUUAUCUCGAGUCAUUUAGUUGUGUUUGAUGACCACUCUGUUCUGCUGUAGGUGUUUUACUAAAUAGGUGUCAGUAAACAGGUUUUUGUAAUUCAAUGAAGUGUUUACUGGGGUAAGGUUCACAUUUUUGACACACUUGAUUAGUUUUGAAAGCUACUUGACAUGUUGGGUGUUUUGUCAAAAAAAAUCUGUCAUGCAAUAUCUGAGCAAAUAAGAGAAAGGAGUUAAAGUCUAAAAUGUCAUCAGUAUGGCCUAAAGGGAAAAUAAUGAUUAUUUUGUGUUAUACAGUUUUAAAAAGCUUGAAUAUUAGUGUGUUCACUACCAGUUUUAUUGUAAAUGUUUGAAAGUUGUCCUUUUACAUUACUUUUAUUCAUUAAAUACAUAGCUCCAAA